AUGAUGAAGAAGACAAGCAUCAAACAUCUUCCCGAGGAUUUGAUGGUGGAGAUACUCUCUAGGGUUCCGGCGGUAUAUCUCGGGCGAUCACGAUCGACGUCCAAAGGAUGGAACGCUCUGAUCAAAGAUGGGAAAUUUGUUAAGAAGCACUCUGCUAAUGCGCCAAGGCAGUCUGUGGUUAUCAUGUUGAUUGGUUUUAGGGUUUAUUUAGCUAGGUUUUAUAUCCAUGGACUUGAAGAGAACGUUAUAAAGGUAACAAGUCAAUUUAGCCUCAAAGAUCCUAUUUCUAAUCCUUCCAAAGAAGUCUAUAUAGUCGAUAUUUUUCACUGCGACGGCUUAUUGCUUUGCACUACCAAGGAUAAUAGACUGGUGGUUUGGAAUCCAUGUUCAGGUGAAACAAGGUGGAUGAUCAAACCCAAAAAUUCCUACUCGAAUUUCGGUUACUAUUCUCUCGGUAAAUCGUCAUGCAACAAGUACAAAAUCUUGAGGGUGGAUCAACAUGGGAAUGGUUAUAUAUCCCCAUGCCUAGUUGAGUACGAAAUCUAUGAUUUUACCUCUAACUCGUGGAGGUCUGUUGGUAAGACUAGAGACUGGUCCAUUCCAAGGAUUAAGAUGCGUGGCGUAUCUGUGAAUGGGGAUACUUACUGGCUUGCUCAUAGUUUUAGUGGAGACUCGCCAAUGAAGAAGGACAUGUUACUAUGUUUUGAUUUCUCAACAGAGAGAUUCGAAAGAGAAUCUCUUCCGGUUGAUCAUUUUUCUUAUCAUCCAAUGGCUUUACCUAUGACUAGAGAAGAGCAAAAACUUUGUCUGUUAGCGCUCCGUGACUGUAACUUACCCGUACCCCAUAUAGAUUUAUGGAUUGCAACUAAGAUUGAGAGUACCGGAGUCAUGUCAUGGAGAAAGUUCCUAACAGUGGAACGAGCUGAUCCCUGGGAGUUUCUAACGUUUAAUAUUGGGAUGAGUUAUUUGGCCGACCAAGAGUAUAAAGUUUUGGUGUGUCCCGGUAAACAUGGGAACUCUAACAGGUUCCUACACAUUGUGGGAGAUGAUAAAUACGUACAAGUGGAUCAUCAUGAUGCAGGAUCUAAAUGUUCACUUCUCCUCAGCUAUGUUCCAACUUUGGUUCAUAUUCAAUAA